AAAAGAAAACUUAUUAUUAGUAGCAAAAGAAGAAAUAUAUCUAUCUGUCUAUCUUAUCUCCCACUCGUAGUAAUGGAGCAUCACAACACAAUAGAAGCAAAAAUGUGUCCUCAUGUGCUCCUCUUCCCUCUUCCAAUACAAAGCCCUAUCAACUCCAUGCUUCAACUUGCCGAGCUUUUUUGCCUCGCCGACUUACAAGUUACUUUCCUUAACACUAAUCACAAUCAACAGCUUCUCUACCGUCACACCAACGUCGAAUCUAGAUUCAAGCAAUAUCCUAAAUUUCAAUUCCGGACAAUUUCCGAUGGUCUUCCCGACGAUCAUCCCCGCUCCUUUCCUAUGUUUGAGGACCUUAUUAAUUCCUUGCAAGCUGUGGCAGAGCCUUUUCUUAGAAAAAUAUUAACAGAGUCCGGUGUCACGUGUGUUAUACCUGAUGGAUUAUUUUAUUAUGCAGUGGAUAUUUGUAAUGAGGUUGGAGUUUCUGUUAUUUCCUUUGAUACUAUUAGUCCUUGUUGCCUAUGGGUUUACCUCUGUUUCCCCAAACUCAUUCAAACUGGAGAUAUUCCCUUCAAAGGAAAUGAUUUGGACAUGUUGAUAGAAAAUGUACCUGGCAUGGAAGAUCUUCUCCGGCGUCGCGAUUUUCCAUUCUAUCGCCUCACAAAUUGUGCAACAGACCUCUAUUGCCAACUUGCUCUCAAGGAAAUCCAAAGUAUACCUCGAUCCCAUGGACUCAUAUUAAAUACAUUUGAAGAUUUGGACGGUCCAUUACUAUCUCACAUUCGCUCUCAUUGUCCACAAACGUAUGCUGUUGGGCCGCUACACUUGCAACUCAAAACUAGGCUUGCAGAUAAAAGAAUGUCCUCUUCAAAUAGUUUGUGGGAAGAAGAUCACAGUUCAAUUCAAUGGCUUGAUGCACAGCCCAUAGAAUCAGUAAUCUAUGUAAGUUUUGGAAGUCUUGCAACUUUGACAAAGGAGGAAAUGUUGGAGUUUUGGCAUGGGUUAGUAAAUAGUGGAAUCAGAUUUUUGUGGGUCAUGAGGUCCGACUUAUUGAGGGAAGAAGAGUUUAGCCACCAAUUUGUGAAGGAGCUAGCGGCCGGUUGCAAAGAAAGAGCCUACAUAGUGAGUUGGGCUCCACAAGAGAAAGUACUAUCGCACCCAGCUAUUGGUGGAUUUUUAACUCACAGUGGAUGGAACUCGACCAUGGAAAGUAUUGUUGAAAGAAAGCCUAUGAUCUGUUGGGCUGUUUAUGUGGACCAACGAGUCACUAGUAGAUUUGUGGGUGAGGUGUGGAAAAUUGGGUUGGACAUGAAAGACAUUUGUGACAGAGACAAUAUUGAGAAGGUGGUGAAAGAUUUGAUGGUAACAAAUAAGGAUAAGUUGAAGAAAUCGGUUGACAAGUUAUCUAUGUUGGCAGAAAUUAGUGUUGGAGAAGGAGGUUCAUCGUACAAUGCUUUUGAAUAUCUCGUCGAUGACAUUAAAAAGUUAGGCAGAAGAGACAAGGAUAUCAAUCCUAACUGCAUAGGAUAAACAGGGUAAUGCUACCAAUCAUUAUUUUGUAGACAAAGAUUAUAUUAUUUUCUUCUUCUUUUAGCGGAUACUACAAGUUAUUCAUACAGGUACACUAGAUGAGAUAAAGCCCGCGUUAGCAUGGGUCUAGCUCAAUGUUAGUGUAUAAAAUUGUAUGUUUGGCCUUUUAAAUAGGUUCCUCUUUAAAAAUUGAAGUCAUGUCCGACUUAAUUUUUCGUGCUCAAGUAUAAACUAGUAUUUGAUAGAAAGACUUUUGCGACAAAACAAGCUGGUCAUAGAUCUAGUCCACUUCACACUUCUAAAAUGUUAUGUCCCAACUUUAUGACUGACUGGUUUGUUCUUAAUUCUCAGCUAUCCUAGUUUCCAGAUUCCCUGUGAUCUCUAUAAAUCUGGAAAUCUCUCCCCGGGCUUUGAUUUUGCAGUCCAAAUUGGAGACCAAAAAUCUAAUUCUCCUGCCAUCUCCAACUUUAAUAAGUGCAUGUUUGAGAGAAUAUCUCUCACCCUUUGCUAUUCUUGUUUCAAUAGACUCAUUCCAAGGGAUGUGAUCGUUUGAAACUAGUCCCUUUAUGCUGUUGUUGGCUGUUCUCUCAGAAACAUCAAUUUGGUAUUGCAAAAUUCCAUGACUGCUUCUUGUCUGGUGUCUCAGUUUUGUGCUGCCAAAAUACCUCCUCCCUAUCUUGGCCUUAGCUUCCAUGCUGUAAGAUGAAUUAACUUCCCUCAUCCAGAGAACCUUGUAACCAAUUGUUCACUUUUGCUGGAACUUCAAAUAUUAAGAGAUCA